ACAUUCAACGCAACAGGACUGGUGGUGUUGUUCCUUCUUCAUCCUCGAUAGGUCAUUAGGGUUUUCGUUUGGUUCUCCAUUAGGGUUUUAGUUACCUGCGAGGAUGAGGAAGCUCAAGUUCCAUGAGAAGAAGCUUCUGAAGAAAACGAAUUUCUUGGAAUGGAAGAGAGAACGCGGCCACCGGGAGAACCAGGUUAUGCAGCGUUACCACGUCGUGGGCCGUGACGAUUACAAAAAAUAUUCAGGUUUGUGUCGGACGGUGCAGAAGCUGACGAACAUAUUGAAACAAAUGGAUCAUGCCGACCCUUUCAGGAUUCAGAUGACUGAUAUGCUCUUGGAGAAGCUAUACAACAUGGGCGUAAUACCAACCAGGAAAAGCUUAGCUUUAUGCGAUCGGUUAUCAGUAUCCUCGUUCUGUAGGCGUAGGCUAUCCUCCGUGCUGGUUCACUUGAAGUAUGCAGUGCAUCUGAAAGAGGCUGUGACAUACAUAGAGCAGGGGCACAUUCGUGUUGGACCCGACACGGUGACUGAUCCAGCUUUCUUAGUCACUCGGAAUAUGGAAGAUUUCAUCACAUGGGUCGAUUCGUCGAAGAUCAAGAGGAAGCUUCUGCAGUUCAAUGAUAAGUUGGAUGACUAUGACAUGAUGGCCUAAGAGGGGAGAAGACAGGAAUAUAUCUGCUGUUAUGUGGAAUUGUCUUGUAGGAACUAAGGUUCAAUGCUUGUAUGCAGCGAACGCACAAGUGAGAGUGUACGGGAUGAUGUUAUUCGUUACCUUAUUUUAUAUAAAAUUUUAAAUUUCGCUA